GCAGUACUGACACGUUCCGGUAGCUUCUGCGACAAGUUCCCACUCACACACUGACACAGCCAUGUAACAACACCUGAACACGGACACGCAAAACAUUCCUGAGUAGAAAAAAAAAACUUGUCCGUGUCUGUAUUACAGGGUGAUGGUUGUGGGCACCCAUCGCUACUGUCACAAAACACAGAAUCACAGACCGGGCACCACAACGCCGGCCUCGCAAUGAUUUGGAAUUUUUUCUGUUUCUGCAGUUUUCUACUUCUCUUCUCCUCCACAGUGUAUGGUCAGAAUUGCGAGGGGACGGAUUUUCAAUGCAAUAGCGGACUCUGUCUGUUAGACAGCUGGGUGUGCGACGGGGCAGAAGACUGUCCGGAUGGCGGAGACGAGGCUCCAGAACGAUGUGAAAGUAAACCGGUAACAGAGCAGCCACAGAACACAUGUAAUGGCGUCCACUUCCGGUGUGGGACGGGCGAGUGUAUCCCCAAGGAGUGGCAAUGUGAUAGUGAUAGAGAUUGUCGGGACGGCUCGGACGAACAUUGUGAACACAGGAAGUUCCGCCGGAUAUGUUACUAUACCAACUGGUCGCAGUACCGGCAGGGUCGGGCGCAGUUCACGCCUGCCGACAUUGACCCUAGCCUCUGUACUCAUCUUAUAUAUGCCUUUGCCAACUUAGAGGGAACCAGGAUCACCCCUUCCGAACCAAAUGACCUGGAGAUGUACCAGCAGUUUACCGGACUCAAGAGUCGGAGUCCCGGAGUGAAAACACUGUUGGCGGUAGGAGGAUGGAAUGCAGAAAGCAAGGGAUUCUCAAACAUGGUGACCACGCCAAUGAGUCGUCGCGUGUUUGCCCUAUCCGCCAUUUCCUUCCUCAGGAAACACGGCUUUGACGGUUUGGACAUCGACUGGGAAUACCCAACACUUCGAGGUGGUCAGCCCGAGGACAAACGAAGGUUUUCUUUGCUUCUACAGGAGCUGCGGGACUCUUUUAAGAGAGAGUCCGAAUCGUCGGGUAAACCCUGCCUACUGCUCUCAGCCGCCGUUUCCGCCAGUCCCACCGUCAUCGACGUCAGCUACAACGUCACAGCACUUGCGGAACACCUCAGUUUUAUCAACAUCAUGACGUACGACUUCCAUGGCGCGUGGGAGAGGACGACUGGACACAAUAGUCCAUUGUUCCCCCGCCGUGAAGAAAACGAGUAUCAGAGGAAGAUGAAUACGGAUUGGGCGGCCAAGUAUUGGAACGCGUCCGGAGCCCCCCGGGACAAACUCAAUAUUGGCAUCUCUACGUAUGGUAGGUCCUACAUAUUGGCCGAUCCUGCCUCACAAUACCAGUUGUCAGCCGCCGUGUCCAAACCUGGCCCUAAGGGCAUGUACACCCGGGAGGUGGGGUUCCAGUCGUACUACGAGAUUUGUCUACAACAAGAGCUUGGGAUCGGGAGGGUUUUCAGAGAUCAUGAACAGGAGGUGCCCUAUUUCGUUGUUGGCAAGGUCUGGAUAGGAUAUGAUGACGCGGAAAGCGUCGCGAACAAGGCUCGCUAUAUAGCACGAGAAGGGUUUGGAGGGGCCAUGGUGUGGUCACUUUCUCUUGAUGACUUCAACAACAUCUGUAAAGGCACCAUCAAGCGAUACCCUUUGACCACCGCCGUAUCUGAAACUCUUAUUGACGCGGAACAGGGCCGGACUACCACCCCGCUACCCAUCAUUCCGUCGCCUAUCCCGGACCCAGGCUUCUAUCUUACAACCACUACUACCACUACUCAAGCGCCAAAGACUACAAAUCCACGCCCUGUGGUUACAAUCCGGCCAGUUACACAGGCACCUGUUACACAGGCACAUGUUACAGUUGACCCCGAACUUGUGUUCGGUAACAGAGGCUUUGUGUGUUGGUUCCGUCAGUACGGGUUCUAUAGGGACCCGGAGAGUUGCCAUCACUUCUACGUGUGUUACGCAGGACGGACAUUCCGCUUCAAGUGUCCAAGUGGUCUCGAAUACAGCAGCAAACACUCCACGUGCGUCUGGCCGGACGAGCACACAUGCGUAACAGGAGGCCAGUGAACAGGACAGAUGCUGCCCCAUGUACAGAAGGGAUAUAUUGUGCCAAGUACUGAUCAGUCACACCAUCAAACUGGACUCUUUGUGUAUGACAGACAGCUUAUAGUGUACACGGUUAUAAUCUCGAGACUGAUCUAAUUAUUGACAGGAAUGUAGCACACGUUCGACAAGUACGACGCAAUAUAGAUGUGCAAUACAAUGGUUACGUUGAUGGCUACAUUGUAUCUGUGACAUUGUGUUUACAACCGAUGCUAUUUUACAAAUGCAAAAAUGAACAGUUUGUUAUGUAGGAUGAACUUGAAGAAAUAAAAUUGAAAACAUUA